AACCGGGACCUGCAAGAACGAGAGCGGUGGGUGAGCAGGAGGUGGUAUACCCGCAAGCCCGUUUCCCACCCGCCGCCUCGGCGGCCCGGCUCAGAUUCCAGUUCGCAUCACCCGCGUCAGCAGUCUAACACGUGCUUUAAUUCGGAUGUCAUCACCGCCAGCCGCCCACCCUCCAUCCGGUUCCCAGGCCCCGAAACAGGGGACAGACCUGCCCCGGCCCAGGACACACUCCACCUCACCUUCGCCACUUCACAGUCGCUGAAAGGAAGGGGAACUCGCCGGGCUUCUACUUAAAGAAACAGACCGGAGGUGGUUGGGCGGGCUUUACCGCCAUUAACCAAUAGCAAGUCAAACUUCCAGCCACGUGCCUGUAAAGUGGCCUAAUGAUUGGCCCUGCUCGCUGAGUCCUCCAGAAUAUAGAGCGGUUACACGCCAACCGUAAAGAUGGGCGUCAAGGAAAGAUUAGGAGUCGCGCGAUGUCCUAAAUUCUGAUUUUUUUCGCGACGUAGGUCGUCGGCCUAUUCUUUUCCAUUAUAGGUGAUUACAAGAUAUUGAAUACAGUCCCUACUUCUUUAUUUCUCUAGCAUUGCUUACUCCUUUCCCCCAAACCCUGAAAAAUCUUAGGCUGUCAUACGAGCAAGUCAAGAAAAAUUAGAGGGCUUCCCUGGUGGUGCAGUGGUUAAGAAUCCGCCUGUCAAUGCAGGGCACCCGGGUUGGAGCCCUGGGCCAGGAAAAUCCUACAUGCCGCAGAGCAGCUAAGCCCGUGGGCCACAACCACUGAGCCUGUGCUCUAGAGCCUGCGAGCCACAACUACUGAGCCUGCAUGCCACAACUACGGAAGCCCACGUGCCUAGAGUCCGUGCUCCCGCAGCAAGAGAAGCCACUGCAAUGAGAAGCCCGCGCACUGCAACGAAGAGUAGCCCCCGCUCGCCACAACUAGAGAAAGCCUGCAGGCAGCGACAAAGACCCAAGGCAGCCAAAAAUAAAAUAAAUUAAUUAAAAAAACAAAAAAGAAAAAUUAGAGAAGCUGCCAUCCUUUUUUUCCUUUUCUCCUAGAAUAUGGAAAUGUUGUGCUCUGAACCUUAGUUUAUUCUGUCUUGUUACAAAUGUCCUCUGGAGAGAGGCUUCCAUCAAAGUGGAGGGCAGCAUGGGACAGAGUGACCAAACAGCAGGGCUCUUUACAUCAGGUUAAUAGCCCACAACCUUCAAACGGACCUUGUAUGACAAACCCACAACAAACCCACUCCCUCCAGUGAGCUUCACGAGGUCACAUCUACAAAUGCCACAUAAACACACAUGACACCAGCAGCUGAAAUGGUUUCCUUCUUUGCUUGUAAUUUUUGAUUUGGCCGUGGUUAUUCCAAAGGGAACUGGUGGCUGUUGGACAUGAUUUGAGGGGAAUUCCUGAGGACAAAGAAAGGGUCCUUUGGACUAACUGAGGCGCAGCUGGAGGACCCCCAGGGCUGCGAACUCGGCGAUAGCCGCGCGCAGGGCAGAAGCGCCGGGUUGCAGGAAUCCCCUGCCAGCUGCCGACCCUCGCUCCGGAGGUCGCUGACGAUCCCACCACGGCGGGAAGACGGAGCGGGGACUCUGGACACUCGGCACCGGCUGUCUCCUGGCCUUUCCUGAUCAAGUCUGACGCAGCGGAUCUCUCAGCGGGAUCACUGGGACCGCCUGGGGCAGGGAAUGCGCCCGCGUGGCGGGGUUGCCGGUCUCCCCUUGCCCUCAGGCAAGCUCUUUGCCUCGAUCACUCAGCGUCCCUAGAUGCCCGACGCAGAAGCCUGGUGCUCUUCUCCUGCCGCCGCGGCCGGGGCAGUCAAGGCCAGCCGGAGGCCCAAGCCGCCUUUGGCACCGCCUAUAACCCCGCCCCUCCAGCGACAGCCCCGCCCAGGCCAGCCCCAGCCCGCCCCCAAGCCUGGGCCCCGCCCAAUCCCCGGCCCGCCCCUAGGCCGGCCCCGCCUCCUGCCCCGCCCCGACCGGAAGAAGCGCCGGCUCCCGGCACUUAUAGGGCCGGGAAUGGGGGUGCCACCACCGCCUAGUUAGCUCUGCGUCUGCCGAGUACCGGCCGCCGCCGCCGCGCUGUCGUCGCGGCGCCCCCGCCCCGUCCUCUGCCCGCCCGCGCCGCCCCCAUGGAGCCGGCCGGACCGGCCAGGAGCCAGGGCCGAGUCCUCGCCAUGCCUGCCCGACUGCAGCUGCUGCUGCUGCUGGCGUUGCUGCUGCCCAGCCCCGGGAUUUUUGGAAGUCCCAGCACUGUGACACUUCCUGAAACCUUGUUGUUUGUGUCAACCCUGGAUGGAAGUUUGCAUGCCGUCAGCAAGAGGACAGGCUCAAUCAAAUGGACUUUGAAAGAAGAUCCGGUCCUGCAGGUUCCAACACACGUGGAAGAGCCUGCAUUCCUCCCAGAUCCCAACGAUGGCAGCCUGUAUACGCUUGGGGGCAAGAAUAAUGAAGGCCUGACGAAACUUCCCUUUACGAUCCCAGAGUUGGUGCAGGCAUCCCCGUGCCGAAGUUCGGAUGGAAUUCUCUACAUGGGUAAAAAGCAGGACAUCUGGUACGUCAUUGACCUCCUGACCGGGGAGAAACAGCAGACUUUGUCAUCGGCCUUUGCGGAUAGUCUCUGCCCAUCAACCUCUCUUCUGUAUCUUGGGCGAACAGAGUACACCAUCACCAUGUACGACACCAAAACCCGCGAGCUCCGCUGGAACGCCACCUACUUCGACUACGCGGCUGCGCUGCCCGAGGACGACGGGGAAUAUAAAAUGUCCCACUUUGUGUCCAAUGGCGAUGGGCUGGUGGUGACCGUGGACAGUGACUCUGGGGACGUCCUGUGGAUCCAAAACUAUGCCUCGCCCGUGGUGGCUUUUUACAUCUGGCAGCGGGAGGGUCUGCGGAAGGUGAUGCACAUCAACGUCGCUGUGGAGACCCUGCGCUACCUGACCUUCAUGUCGGGGGAGGUGGGACGCAUCACCAAGUGGAAGUACCCGUUCCCCAAGGAGACGGAGGCCAAGAGCAAGCUGAUGCCCACCCUGUAUGUGGGGAAAUACUCUACCAGCCUCUACGCUUCCCCCUCAAUGGUACACGAGGGGGUCGCCGUUGUGCCCCGAGGCAGCACCCUUCCUUUGCUGGAAGGACCCCAGACCGACGGUGUCACCAUCGGGGACAAAGGGGAGUGUGUGAUCACGCCCAGCACGGACCUGAAGUUCGACCCUGGGCUCAAAGGGAAGAGCAAGCUCAACUACCUGCACAACUACUGGCUGCUCAUCGGACACCACGAGACCCCGCUGUCUGCAUCUACCAAGAUGCUGGAGCGAUUCCCCAACAAUCUGCCCAAACACCGGGAAAAUGUGAUUCCUGCUGACUCAGAGAAAAAGAGCUUUGAGGAGGUCAUCGACCUGGUUGACCAGACUUCAGAAAACGCACCUACCACAGUUUCUCCAGACGUGGAAGAGAAGUUCGCUCAUGCCCCAGCCAGGCCCGAGGCCCCCGUGGACUCCAUGCUCAAGGACAUGGCCACCAUCAUCCUCAGCACCUUCCUGCUCAUUGGCUGGGUGGCCUUCAUCAUCACCUACCCCCUGAGCAGACGUCAGCAGCGGCAGCUCCAGCACCAGCAGUUUCAGAAGGAACUGGAGAAGAUCCAGCUCCUGCAGCAGCAGCAGCUGCCCUUCCACCCACCUGGAGACGUCGCGGCUCAGGACGCCGAGCUCCUGGACUCGUGCGGCCAGUACUCGGAAAGCUCGGCCACCAGCAGCCCCAGCACGUCCCCCAGAGUCUCCAACCACUCCCUCCACUCCAGCGGCUCCGCCUCCAAGGCCACCACCAGCCCCUUCCCGGAGCAGGAUGACGAGGAUGAGGAAACCAGCAUGGUGAUGGUUGGGAAAAUCUCAUUCUGUCCGAAGGACGUCCUGGGCCACGGAGCCGAGGGCACAAUUGUGUACCGUGGCAUGUUUGACAACCGCGACGUGGCCGUCAAGAGGAUCCUCCCCGAGUGUUUUAGUUUCGCAGACCGUGAGGUCCAGCUGCUGCGAGAGUCGGACGAGCACCCAAACGUGAUCCGUUACUUCUGCACCGAGAGGGACCGGCAGUUCCAGUACAUCGCCAUCGAGCUGUGCGCGGCCACCCUGCAGGAGUACGUUGAACAGAAGGACUUUGCCCACCUCGGCCUGGAGCCCAUCACCUUGCUGCAGCAGACCACCUCAGGCCUGGCCCACCUGCACUCCCUCAACAUCGUUCACAGAGACCUGAAGCCACACAACAUCCUGCUCUCCAUGCCCAGCGCACACGGCAGGAUCAAGGCCAUGAUCUCCGACUUCGGCCUCUGUAAGAAGCUGGCAGUGGGCAGGCACAGCUUCAGCCGCCGCUCAGGGGUGCCCGGCACAGAAGGCUGGAUCGCCCCGGAGAUGCUGAGCGAAGACUGCAAGGAGAACCCCACCUGCACUGUGGACAUCUUCUCUGCGGGCUGCGUCUUCUACUACGUGAUCUCUGAGGGCAGCCACCCUUUCGGCAAGUCCCUGCAGCGGCAGGCCAACAUCCUCCUGGGCGCCUGCAGCCUGGACUGCCUGCACCCCGAGAAGCACGAAGACGUUAUUGCCCGGGAGUUAAUAGAGAAGAUGAUUGCAAUGGAUCCUCAGAAGCGCCCGUCAGCGAAGCACGUGCUGAAACACCCGUUCUUCUGGAGCCUAGAAAAGCAGCUCCAGUUCUUCCAGGACGUGAGUGACCGGAUAGAGAAGGAGUCCCUAGACGGCCCGAUCGUGAAGCAGCUGGAGCGCGGCGGGCGGGCUGUGGUGAAGAUGGACUGGAGGGAGAAUAUCACAGUCCCCCUGCAGACAGAUCUGCGUAAAUUCAGAACCUAUAAAGGCGGCUCUGUCCGAGAUCUCCUCCGGGCCAUGAGAAAUAAGAAGCACCACUACCGGGAACUGCCCGAGGAGGUGCGGGAGACGCUGGGCCCCCUCCCCGACGGCUUCGUGCGCUACUUCACCUCGCGCUUCCCCCACCUCCUCUCCCACACCUACCGGGCCAUGGAGCUGUGCCGCCACGAGAGGCCCUUCCAGCCCUACUACCACGAGCCCCCCGAGCCCCGGCCCCCAGUGACUCCAGACGCCCUCUGAGCCAGGCAGCCUCCGUGCCGGUGGCCCCGCUGGGACCGAGGGCCGGAUCUCUACAAGCCACAGCCUGGCGUCUCCUGCCGAGCAGGGAGACCAGGCUCCAAAGCCAAGUGCCUCGAGCUGCCUGCUCUGCAGCCAGCAGGGGAGGAUGCUGACCCCGGGAAGUGGGCGACGUGACCCCGCCCCCCGCCCCGACCCACGAGGGAGCUGGGAAGACAUUGGCCGUGAAAGCUUGACCAUCGGGGGACGGCUGCGAAGGAGGGCCAUUCCCAGAGGCAGAGAGGAACACCCUCUGCCUUCUCCUGGAUGAACUCGCUUCAGACUCGCAUUUCUUUUAAAACUUCCUGUGAGAUGCCAGUCUGUGGGCCUUUAAGGAAGAGAGCUGAGGGAACCCUCAGCGGUGCCUACGUGCUGGGCCCGGGAGCAUCUCUCUCUUGGACCAGCCGGGCCGAGGUGCACUAAGUGCAGCCUCUGCUAGAAGCAGGGCUCCGGAGGAGAGGGUGCCCAGGAGGAGGAGGACCUUCAGAGGGCGUCACCCCCAGGGAUCGGAGAUGCCUCACUGAUCACAGACGCGCCCACAGGUUCCCAGGUCACUGUAACCAGUGUUUCCUCGGGGGUGGCGAGAGCCUUGAGGGUGGGGACGCGGUGUGGGGAGAGGCCAGCCUGGAACUCUGGAAGGUGAGUCUGUGUCUGCGGGUCUCUCAGAAACAAAGAGGCUGCUGCAUUCUGAGACAGCUGUGGCCCAGGGCACGGGUGGCCUGAAUGGUGGUCUUUGGUGGAGUCGUGCCCUGGGGCGCUUGGGGAUGUUUAGGAGCAUUUGGGGGCAAGAGGUGAUAAGUCCCCUGGCCUUGAAGGAAAGCAGCUCCGACCCAGGCAGGCACAGGCCUUUGGGACCAGAGGGGAGCAGGCCAGGUGGGACACUCACGGCCCCCCGGGGAGAGCCCUGGCCAGCAGGUAGGCAAUGAGGCUGCUCUGUCCCUGGGGCCGGCAGGACGGGCCAGGGGUUAGAGGGCCAAGGCCAGGGUCACCACACACUUUGUGGGCAGGCUUUUAUGUUUCUCUUGGCAGAUUUUAAUAACUUUAUAUUUUGAUCAUACUGUAGAAGGCUACAUUAGCGUGAGCUAAACUUAACUUGAAGCUUGUGAGGAAGUAAUGCAAGAUAUAGAAUACAUCUUCUAUUUUGUAAGGUACGCAAAGUCCCAUCCCCUCCAGAAACAGCGUUCAUAUGUAGAACAUUCUCUAAUGCUGACGAGUAAAGCGUUAUAGCAACACUGUAUACAUGUAUGAAAGUAAUAUUCUCUAAAUUAUGUCAAUACCGUGGGGUUUUUUCCCCCUAAAAUUAAUAUAAUUUUUAACUUUAGUUUUAGUCAAAAAUUCCUCUGUCUUUUUUCUCUACCGAGAGCCUUAGAGGUUAAAUGCAAUCAGGGUACCAUGUAAGGAAGCGUUUUGCAUGUACUUUCUCCAGCCAGGGGAAUGGAUCAUUGCAGUUCGGUCCUAGUGAACCCAGAGACUCCACUCAGGAGGAAGAAUGUUACUGUCUAGUUUUACUAACUGACAGAGAAAUCGCUGUUUCUUCUCCUUGUAAGACGUUUUCUGGUGGUGGAUUUGAAUGAGGGCCACUCAUCAAAAGCGCUCAUUCUGCCUUCAGAGAGUUCAGUUCCCUUCCUUUCCUAAUGCCUAACGUCACUUUUUUUCCUUUUCUCCUUUAAUAUUAUCCUACAUCUUUAAACCUCAUCAGUUACCUCAUUUAGACCUGGGAGCCCCGGCAUCCUUGGUCAGCAUCGUGGUGUCUUGUACCACGCUGCCCGUUUUUCACAGCCGGACGGUUUUCUUCUCCCCGCUCUGAUGCUCCUGGGCCAGCCCCCUCCCGCGCUGUUCUCCUAUGGCGGCUCUGCAGGUCGCUUUGCCGCCGGGCCUGAUGGUGAGACAGUACGAGGUGGAGAAGGUGCCACGAGCGAUUUAAAGGACCGUCAGCUUCCUGUGUUGGCGGCAG